UGCCGACAUUCACCCAAUGUCUGCAGCCCAGGGCUCGCGCUAGCUUUGUGUCACGACGCACGACACGCAGUCAGUGAAUUACCCACUCUCCAUUCUGCUCUGCCUCGCUAUAUUCGCGGCUGUACGUCUGGAACGAACCCUCGAUUUCUCUUGUAACAAAGAAGAAACAUGGCGGUGGAAACCCCUACUCCGCGCAAAUGCUUAGGCCAGGAUUGUGAGAACGACGCGACUACACUGCAGUGUCCAAACUGCCAGAAACUCGGAAAGGAGAGCUUCUUCUGCUCACAGGACUGCUUCAAGCGCAACUGGAGCGAGCACAAGAAGCUGCACAAAUCCAAAAGUAAUCUCCUCGACCACCUCUUCCCUCCCAAGGUUGUUUCUUACCCCGACCCAGCAACAGGCCACUUCAACCCCUUCCCCACCUUUCCUUUCACAGGAACCCUCCGACCCGUAUACCCCUUGUCGCCCAGGCGCGAGGUCCCCGCAUCGAUACGACUCCCAGACUAUGCGAAGGACGGCAUACCGCAUUCGGAGCAGGUGUUUGUUGGGAGGAACAAGAUUGCGAUCCUGAACGAGAAGGAGAUCGAGGGCAUGCGCAAGGUGUGCAGGCUGGCAAGGGAAGUGCUCGACAUAGCGGCGAGAGCGGCCAAGCCCGGUGUGACUACAGACUAUAUCGACGAGGUUGUCCAUAAGGCGUGUAUAGAGAGAGACUCUUAUCCCUCUCCCCUGAACUACUGUCACUUCCCCAAGUCGGUAUGCACGUCGCCCAAUGAGGUGAUUUGCCACGGCAUCCCCGACCAGCGAGUACUUGAGGAUGGAGAUAUCCUGAAUAUCGACGUGACGUUGUACCAUGGCGGCUUCCACGGCGAUCUCAACGAGACGUACUACAUUGGUGACAAGGCGCUGGCGGACCCGGAUUCGGUCCGUGUGACGGAGACGGCAAGAGAAUGUCUUGACAAGGCCAUCGAAAUGGUCAAGCCCGGCGUGCUCUUCCGGGAGUUUGGCAACACGAUCGAGAAGCACGCAAAGUCGAGGGACUGUAGCGUGAUCAAGACGUACUGUGGCCACGGCAUCAACCAGCUCUUCCACUGCGCGCCCAACAUUCCGCACUACGCGAAGAACAAGGCUGUCGGCCAGGCCAAGCCAGGGAUGUGCUUCACGAUAGAGCCCAUGAUCAGCCUGGGUACGUACCGUGAUAAGACAUGGCCGGAUAACUGGACCAGCGUGACACAGGAUGGCACCAGAACGGCACAAUUUGAGCACACGCUUCUCGUCACCGAGGAUGGUGUCGAGGUCUUGACGGCAAGGCUGCCAGACUCGCCGGGUGGGCCUGUUCCCAUGCCAGCAGCCUCGACUGGCGCCGCAACAGAGGCUCCUGCUUCGUAGUGCAGCCAUGUAAAACUUCUGGGCUGGAGGGACAUUGGUUGGUUGACUUGCAGGCGUUGCCGGUUCAUGAUAUCCCAUAGUUGCGAAACGGAGGGUCGUCCUUGGUUAUGUCAUGCUUGGGAGAUGCAUUCUGAACACCUAUACAAGGAUAGAGUACGAUUCAUCACUUCCCCAUGGCCUAUAUGCCUGUGUCUGGC